AGCAGUGUCUCUUCUAAGUCUGGAUUGCGUUCAGGCUUGAACCAUAGGAUUAUAUUUCUGAAGAGAAUGAGCACAAACAUGGAUUUUUUCACGCGGGGUCAACCACAGGAGGUGGUUGAAGAGGUGGCCAGGUUACUGGACUGUGAUCCAACCUCUAGUAAAGUAGCUGAAUAUCUGGAUGAACAUGAUGAACUGAAACAUCUACGUCAAGACUUUCUCUUACCAAAAGUGGCCGACCUCCCUCCAUCUGACUUGUCUCUUGUGGAUGGAACUGAAGAGUGCAUUUACUUAGUGGGGAACUCUCUUGGUCUACAGCCCAAACUGACCAAAAAGUACAUUGAAGAGGAGCUGGACAAAUGGGCCAAGACAGGUGUUCACGGUCACAUGGUGGGGUCACGACCUUGGAUCUGGGCUGAGAACAAUAUUGAAGAGUUAAUGGCUAAUGUCGUAGGAGCUAAACGUGAAGAAGUCGCUCUGAUGAAUGGUUUGACGGUGAAUUUGCAUCUUCUGAUGCUUUCUUUCUACAAACCUACCUCAAAACGUCAUAAAAUUCUCCUUGAGGACAAAGCCUUUCCUUCAGAUCAUUACGCCGUGGAAUCUCAAAUUCACCUGAGAGGACAUGACCCACGUGAGAGCAUGAUAUUAAUGGCCCCGCGAGAGGGGGAGGAGACACUGAGGACGGAGGAUAUUCUGGCCAUAAUAGAACAAGAGGGAGACUCUAUAGCUGUCAUUAUGUUCAGUGGAGUGCAGUACUAUACUGGUCAACUAUUUGACAUGGCUACAAUCACCAAAGCAGGACACGCCAAGGGCUGCUAUGUGGGCUUUGACUGUGCACAUGCGGCGGGAAACGCAGAGCUUCAUCUUCACGACUGGGGUGUGGACUUCGCCUGCUGGUGCUCCUACAAGUAUAUGAAUUCAGGGGCAGGUGGCCUGGCAGGAGCGUACAUUCAUGAAAAGCACGCACACACUGUCAAACCAGCACUGCUUGGCUGGUGGGGACACAACAUGAAAACAAGGUUUCAGAUGACUAAUGAGAUGGAUCUACAAGCUGGCAUUAGUGGCUAUAGACUGUCUAACCAGCCAAUCUUACUGGUGUGCCCACUGCAGGCCAGUCUAGAGAUCUUUAACAAGAGCAGUAUGAAAGCACUGAGGAAGAAGUCUGUUUUGUUGACGGGAUAUUUGGAGUACCUGCUCAAACAUUACUACAGCAAAGACGAAUCCGACCCCAGCAAAGCAUACAUCCGAAUUAUCACACCCUCCAAUCCCGCUGAGCGAGGAUGCCAGCUGUCUCUGUGCUUCUCCGUGCCAAUUAGAACUGUGUUUAAAGAACUGGAGAGAAGAGGAGUGGUGUGCGACAUGAGAGAACCCAACGUUAUGCGCAUCGCCCCUGUGCCUCUCUACAACUCCUUCAGGGACGUGCACCGCUUUAUCUCUGUUCUGGGAUCAGUGCUCGCCGCUUCCAGUGAACUCCCAACGGAGCCAAGGAUGGGUCACUAGUUAUCAAACACAACCUGGAUGUCAGUACACACCAUCUCAGCUACAUAUUACAGUUUACCUAAAGCACACUCAGUCAGAAUUACACCUGUAUUUAUGCAUUUUGUCUCCUGGAUUAGAAACCUCAAACCUAAGCUAUCCAAAAUAAACACACAAAGUGUCUGAGUACAGCAUUUUUAGGUUUUCCCGUUAUACAUUACAACAGUAUAACAAUAAUAAUAAUA